ACUGCCCAUGAUCAUGAAACAGUAAGGAGCGAUAUUUAUCGCUAAAUUCUGCUUUAAGUAAGCAAGACAAUAUGUGAAGAAGUUUUGCAAAAAUGAAUCAACUGUGUCGUGAAAAAGACCAUGUUUGAGUAUAAUUAUGGCUGAAGGUUACGACCCAACUCGGUUUCGCUCAACUAUCGACGAGGGCUUCAUCUGCUGUAUCUGCCUUGGUGUUUUAAAAAAUCCUAUGCAAUGUGAGAAUAACGAACAUUAUUUUUGUUCCUGUUGUAUCAAGAAACACCUUGAGAAGACCUCGCAGAGUUGUCCAGUCUGUCAAGAUAAACUGACUGUUGAGACAUUGCGAAAAGCUCCAAGAAUUGUCGCUGAUUGCGUUUCACGUUAUAAGAUCAAUUGUGAUCACAAAGAGAGAGGCUGUGACGCUGUACUUGAGCUCGGAGCCCUGAAGAAACACGUUGAGAACUGUGAGUUCGCGCCAGUCUCCUGUUCCAACAAGGGAUGCAAUGACGUGGUCAAUAAACGCGAUGUCAAGAGACACGAGCUCGAGUUAUGUCGCUUCAAGGCAGCUACGUGUGUCGUCUGUGGCAAGAAGAUGCCUCGACACGAAUAUGAUGCGCAUGGCUGCGUAUUACGACGAGAUUUAAACGAAAUGAAGAAAGAUUUGGCGGAUACAAGAGCCACACAACAUGAAUUGGUGAAUGGGAUGAGACAUGUGACCGCUGCAUUGAAAAAUCUCGAAAAAUCCUAUCGAAAAGUAGGCGAUGUUCUUAACACCAGAAACAUUGAUAUUGUUGUUAUUGGUGGUAUGGGUCCUGAAUCAAAGUCUCUUUCUUCUGUUGAGCGAUUCAAUUUGUUCAACCAAACCUGGACUCCACUGGGUGAGUUAGAAAUAGGGCGAUGUUUAUCUGCAGCAGUUCUUUACGAGAACCAGAUAUUUGUUUGUGGUGGAUGUACCGGAGACGACUCAAAAUAUGCUACAGAUACCAUAGAAGUACUAGAUCUGAAAGAAAACACCCCAUAUUGGAAGACGUUUGCUGCCAAUAUGCCCAUAAAGGUGGCUGGUCACAAGUGCGUCGUCUAUGGGAAUAGUUUGCUGAUUUUUGGCGGUUGCACAGACGAUGAAACAAAUCUGGAUAUGAUCUACGAGCUGCUCCUUGUUCCACCUUAUUCGUCCAAGUUGCUUGGUCACAUGAAAAAGAAACGAGCUGGUCAUGGCGUGGAGUUAUUUGAUAAUAAAGUCCUAAUCGCUGGUGGAGUUGGCAAAGGAACGGAAUCUAGCGUGGAAAUAUUCGACAUAACAAGAAACAAAUGCAUUGAAAUGCCACCAUUACCAUCUCCUGUUUCUUCUAUGGCGACAGUUCGCCGCGGUGACAGCAUGCUGUUGAUUGGAGGGUCGGACAAGGAAGAUAACGACAGUAAAGAGAUCAUUGAGUACGAUCACAAAACUGGCCAAAGUAAAGUUGUAUUAACCAUGGAAAAAGAGCAAAUUCUUUGUUGCGCUGUUUGUCAUGAAAACACACUUUUUGUUUUUGGUACUACGAGGGAUGACAAUAAAGCGGUGUAUUGUUUCAACUUUUUAUCUAAUUCUUGGAGUAAAUUGCCUGCAACGACAGAGACGAGAAUCUCCGCUUCUGUAGUUAUUGUGGAAAAGAAAAAUUUAGCGGAUUUUUGACACUCGUUUGACAUAAAGGGAAAAUAUGUAUGAACAAUAAACACUUAUUACUAGCAAAACAAAUUUUCUCAAUAAUGUAAGUUAAGUAAAUUUGCCAAAAAAAAUGCCGAUUAAGAAAUUGUGUUUUACAGGAUGUUUGAUAUAUAUCCAUUAAACUGUAAUAAAAGCUAGUUUCUCAAAAUAUGGAACCAAUUAUAAUCAGUAGGCAAUGAUUGAUAAACAAUCCUUGAAAAUGUGUUUAAAAUCAAAAUCAGAAUCCAAAACCCUGGGUAGCCUAAACGUAUUGGUGUCCAGUCUUAUAUUGCGAUCCGUGUCAACGUACGUCACAAAAAAUUCAGUGCAAAAAUUAUUGAUUUUAAAGUAUUCGUGCGUCAUAGACCGCAGUAUCAAACUGGAUUAAAUACUUUUGGGCUACCAAGAAUAAAGCGCUUUUUAAUCCAAGAAUGUCAGGAAUUUGAACAAAAGCACAUUGAGUGUGACUUGUUAUGUACUGAUAACUUGGAUUAAUCAGAGAAGACGCGAAGUUUCUUAAUUGCGACUUCAAGACGCUAAAUAUGCCAAAACAUUGGAAAAUAUGACCUUCAAAAUACAAAUUUCGGCGUCUAGAAUGCAAAUAUUUCUUC